AUGGCAGCAACAAUCGCCCCGGUCGUAGCAACUCCAGCGACUCCAGCUGUUCUGACGCCGCCAGCUCCGAAGCCAAAAGAAAAGGGACCUGCGUGUAAAUUAUCUACUAUCAUAAACGGGCAAUUUGUGAUGGUCCAAAUGAUUGGCAAAGGUGGAUACGGAGUGGUCUACGAAGUGAUUCGUCGUGACUCUCCGAACGUCCGAUUCGCCUGUAAAGCCGAGCUGGCACUAGCACAUAAUAAUCUGAAAACAGAAUGGGAUCUGAUGACAUUACUAAAGGAUAACAAAUCGAAACAUAACAUUAUCGGCGUUGAAUUGGGAAGUGAGAGGAAUUACAACUACAUCAUCAUGCAUCUUGUCGGUCCAUCGUUAGCCGACUUGAGGAAGAAUAUUCCGAAUAAGUCAUUCACCUUGUAUACUACAACGGUUUGUGGAAUUCAGUGCUUCGAUUCGUUGGUGGAAAUUCAAAGACUUGGAUACAUUCAUCGAGAUGUCAAACCAUCAAAUUUUGCAAUUGGAGUGCUUGGUUCGGAUGAAGAGAAAUUGGUUUAUGUUUUGGAUUUUGGAUUGUGCCGGAAUAUGUUUAACAAAAGCAAAGAGCUUCGAAAGCCACGUAUGAAAGCUCCAUUCCGCGGGACCAUUCCUUAUUGUUCUCUGAAUAUUCACCAGAGAAUGGAACCGGGACGUCACGACGACUUCUGGUCACUUCUCUACAUGAUGAUCGAGUUUCAUUUGUCUGACUUGCCAUGGGAAAAUAUGACAAAAGAGAACACGAAAAAAGAAAAAGAGUCGAAAAUUGAUUCACUUUUGGGGAAAUGUCCACUGGAAUUUCAGAUGAUUCGCUGCUAUCUGACGUCUUUGUGUUAUUCAAGAGAACCUGAUUACGCGAAAAUUCGGGGAGUUUUAUGUCAAAUCAUGAUUAAGAACAAGUUCACUCCGGAUAUGCCACUGGAUUGGCAGAAUGGGGGACCGUAUGAAAACAUUUUCAAGCCUCUGGCAGCAGUGGUGAAACAUAAAAAAAGUAAGAAGAAAGUGGAUCUAUCAGAACUGCUAGAUCUUCCAAAACCAGGAACAGCCCCGCUGUACACGAUGAGAGACUUCCCAACACCGGGUGAACAAGAACAGCCAAGAGAUGAAUCCGUGUCCAAAAGUGAUGACACAAUUAUCGAAAAAGAAGGGCCGCCUCCAGCUCCGAAACCCAUUCCAAAACCAACUAUUUUGCCGGCGCCAGUCCUCAAAAACUCGAAUGAGAAUCAUCACAAAGCAGGCACAACUAUCAGCGUUAAACCAACAACACCUGCUCAACGUUCCACUGGAGAACACAACAGUCUCAAACCGUUGGCUCCAACUGGUCCGGGUGCUCGUUCUCCAACUCAUCAUUUGAGUUUGAAGCCAUUGACAGCAGUUCCUCAACCACCCACUACUAUCAAGCAAAGUGUUAGAAGAGUGCCUGUACAUCGUCACAAAUCAGAUAAUGAUUCUGUAAAACCAGGUGCCGUGUCGAAGCAUAAUCCGACUACGAUGACUGCCAAAGUUCAACAUCCGACACCGCCGUUUAAUGGAUCAGUGGCGGCUCCCGCUAUGAUGAUUCCUCCAACGCCUAGAAAAUGA